UGGGAGCCAAUCGGCGGGGCGGCGGCGGGGGACUUUAUAGUGUCGGAGCCGGGGGUCUGUGGCGGCUGCGCCAUCGAGCAGGAGUGUUGGGAGCCGCGAGAGCGCUGUCUCGGCAAUCGCGGUCAUGGAGUGCGGGCGGCAAGUGGCCAACUUCGGGGCCGGGCCGGCGAAGCUGCCGCGCUCCGUAUUGUUAGAAGCACAGAAAGAACUGGUGGACUACAAAGGAAUUGGUAUCAGUGUUCUCGAAAUGAGCCAUCGGACCUCAGAUUUCACAAAAAUUUUAAAUACAGCUGAAAAUCUCCUGCGUGAAUUGCUAAAUAUACCAGAAAACUACAAAGUUCUGUUCCUCCAAGGAGGUGGAUCUGGUCAGUUCAGUGCAGUCCCACUUAAUCUUAUUGGUUUAAAGGAGGGAAGACAGGCAGAUUACGUAGUUACUGGAGCUUGGUCAGCAAAAGCAGCUAAAGAAGCAGAGAAGUAUGCCAAAGUGAAUAUUGUUCAUCCAAAACUAGGAGCCUACACAAACAUUCCUGACCCAAGCACUUGGAAUCUUAAUCCAAAUGCAUCUUACGUGUAUUACUGUGCUAAUGAGACUGUUCAUGGUGUGGAGUUUGACUUUGUACCUGAUGUUAAAGGAGCAGUCCUGGUUUGUGAUAUGUCAUCAAACUUCCUGUCUAGGCCUGUGGAUGUUUCCAAGUUUGGCGUGAUUUUUGCUGGUGCUCAGAAGAAUAUUGGCUGUGCUGGAGUUACUGUUGUAAUAGUACGUGAGGACUUGCUGGGAUUUGCAUUGAAAGAAUGCCCCGUAGUGCUGGAUUACAAAACACAAGCAGAGAAUGGCUCUGUGUAUAACACUCCACCGUGCUACAGUAUUUAUAUCAUGGGAUUGGUACUGGAAUGGAUAAAGAAUAAUGGUGGAGCUGCAGCUAUGGAUAAUCUUAGUUUAAUCAAAUCACGAAUGAUUUAUGAUAUCAUAGACGAAUCUAAUGGAUUCUAUGUGUGUCCCGUGGAGAAAAAGAACCGAAGCAGAAUGAAUGUCCCUUUUCGCAUUGGCAGUAUCAAAGGUGAUGAAGCACUGGAAAAGAAAUUUCUUGAGAAAGCUGUGGAACUUAACAUGAUAUCUCUGAAAGGACAUCGAUCUGUGGGAGGAAUCCGUGCCUCUUUAUAUAAUGCAGUGACUGUUGAAGAUGUUCAGAAGCUUGCAACAUUCAUGAGAAGCUUCAUGCAGAUGCAUCAGUCAUAAAUGCCCCUGGGCUAGAGUCAUGCUGCACAUCCAUGAAAUAAAAGCUAAAUGGUUUGAAAGUGACUGUGAUACUGCACAGUAUUAGCACACAAAUUGUAUCUUCUUGUAGUUCCUGUAGCUAAACUCAUGGGACUGAGUUUAAUCUUGCAAUAACUUGGUAGCCUUGGCUUCACUGAAGGUGAGGAUCGCCAGACCGAUCAAGAUUGGUUCCUAAUUUGCAAAACAAUUCUUAAUGAGUACUUAAAGCAUGCAUAGCAUUGAGUGAUGCUAUGGAUCUCAGUCUGUUUCUUCUAGUCACAAGUUGCUUUAGAAAUGCCUUCUUUUCAGUAAACUUCAGGAGGCAACAUUUGUGAUAAGCUUUCUGUAAUGCUUUACAAUUACUCUCUGAAGCUAGAAGUACUGGUAGGUGUUCUUUGAGGAUAUCUACUUGAUUUAUCAGGUAUAUUCUAACAGUAUAACACCAGUAGUAUUUAGGACUUAAUGUCUGUGUUUUUAACUUUUAAGACCUUCCCUUCAGGCUUGAAGCUCUAUCUUAACUGUUCCAUGAAGCAAUACCCAUUGUGGUUAAAGUCUCUGUAGGACUGGGCCUUUUUUCAUAAUUAUCAUUUAUUGGUUUAAAGCUAAGAUGCAUGAGCAUGUAAUUAAAUCAACAUAGAAGAUGUUUAUUUCUCUAUGCAUUUUGUUUAUUAAACUUCUAUAGGUUAUUAAUUUUGGACUCUUAUUUUGGAGUGUGCAUAUUUGCUUUUGCCAAAAACUUGUGUCAACCUUGUGGUGAACUGGAUUGAUGUAUUUCACUUAAUGGAUCUGUGACUUUCUUUACACUGACUUCCUAGCCCAUAGUGCAGCAGACUCUCCUGUCAGGUGCCUCUUAGGUAUCUUCUCUCUGCUCCAGUAUUUUCUUUGCCUUUUCAUUGCUUCAGUCCCUUUUGUAUGUGGGGCUUUGCCCAGCUGCAGUAAAUACAAGCCUGCUGUUUCCUGUAAAUAUCACACUUCUGGUCCAAUUUUCUAACUUGAUCCUUCUGGCUCAUUCCAGACUUCAGUGCUCUGACCUAGAGAAGGAGCUGUUGUUACGCAAAGGUCUUCAGCGCAUCUUCUGUUACAGUAUUCUUGAGUUACUUUUCUUUCUCAGCUUGUGAAUUUAUUGCCAGUGACCAUAUAAUGAUACUAGCCUCCAAUUUUAACUUAAGUAGAAGCUAUCUGCUAGUAUCAGUGUUCAGCAUUACUGCAGCUGGUUUCAUACUGUAAACAAUUUGGUACAGAAUGGGGAUUUUUUUUUUCCUAAUUUUUAUAUAACACCAGUAGAGUGGUAACAAUGUAAUAAUGAUAACAAUGUACUGUUCCUUUAUUGAUGGAAACUGAAAGAAAAUCUGUGUUUUUGUACGAGCAUAGAGUUACAUUCCUAUCUGAAAAGUCAGUUUAUAACUGCUCUGAGGUUUUGUCAACUUAGUGUAACUCAAAUAAAUUGGAUGAAGAAAAUAAACACA